GUACGUUGUGGCCCACCAACUCAGGUCAUUACAGUUCCAUGACAACCAUGAGAGGAUUGUUCCUGGUGUGUGUAGCAGCGGUGCUGCUGCCAUCAGUCAGAGGCAAUUCAUCUGGGGCCAAUGUUGGAGCAUGUUCCAGCAUGGUGCCUUCACAUGGCGGAGCUACUACCCAAAGCUUUCCCUCCCCCUUCACAAUAACACCAAAUUCUAAUUCCUACACCCCUGGCAAAAGGAUUGAUGUGACGCUGGCAGGUAUAUGUGGGCGGCCAUUCAAAGGGUUCCUGGUGCAGGCAAGACAAGCAUCUGAUUCAACAUCAACUGUAUCGGUGGGAACGUUUGCUCCAUCUGACAACCGUGCUCAGACAAGGUGUCCUUCUAAUCCAUCCAUUACCCAUGUCAGCGGUGACUUGAAAAGUUCAAUAACAUUCAGUUGGACUGCACCAUCUACAGCUCAAGGGCAUCUUGUGUUUGUAGCAACAUUUGUUGAGAGCUAUUCAACCUUCUGGGCUAAACAAAUGUCUGUGGUAAUUCGAGAUGAAUCUCUGUCCAACCCACCUCCCAGCUAUCCUAAUGUCCCGUCUCCAGUGACAAAUUCUUCAGUAUGUCCUACCACGACUCCAGCACCUCCUACAACACAGGUACAGUCCUUGGAGUGAGUGAGUGAGUGAGUUUAG